GGUUCUGAAGUAGAUUUUUGUGUAUUUCCUAGAAUGAGGGUAAAGAAACUUCCAAAAAUCUUAGCGCUUCACUUGAAACGCUUCAAAUAUAUGGAGCAUCUUCAUCGAUAUACGAAGCUUUCAUAUAGAGUUGUGUUUCCCCUGGAACUAAGACUUUUUAACACUGUAAGUACGUUUUAAGAUUACUGAUUGAGUCUAAUAUUUCUUCUCUGGCCAAUAUUUUUGAUAGAUAAAACCUUAUUUACUUAAAUUAAUCUAUUAUUUUCUCUUGGAUUAUUUAGUCAGAUGAUGCAUGUAAUCCACAUAGGCUGUAUGAUCUUGUCGCCGUCGUCGUGCAUUGUGGAAGGUAACGUCGACUGUUCCUUCAUGAUUAUAAGAUUGGCACACUGGGAUGCAAUAUAUAGCUGCCGUCUAAUGCAGAUGGGAAGUAUAAAUGUCACUCCGGUUGUCAAAUGAAUUUGAAAAUAUGUAAAAAAUAAUUCCAUCUUAAGUUACAGUAAUGUAGAUGUUCACAUCCAUGGGCAAAAUUCCGGACAAACUAAAACCAGAAAGAAGAUUGUUUUGCCUGUUCGAAAUCAUAAACUAAGAAAUAUCUUUUCUUAAAAUUCUGGCACAUUAUUAUUAUACAUCGAGAAACACACCUUAAACCGGCCUUUGAUGAAACCUGUAAUGUCGAAACUGACUCAUCCCCAGUCACUCAUCCUGCGUUGAAUGAUGGGAAUGCAUUGUUCUUUUAUAUCAUUUCCAUACACCUUAGCGUCCUAUUGUUCCAACCACUGAGCUGUAUAAUAACUAGAGGACCUGCUCCUAUACUUCGUUCAGUCAACCAAGUGAAGCCAAAAACAUGGCGGAUUUUGAGUGAAAAUGACGCCAUUUCCAUGACUACUGGUCCCUAAAUUCAUGGUAAUUGCCACUGAACAAGGCUCAAUUGUGAGCCCGCCACAGUUUUCACACCCCCCUGGUUUCUGAAAAAAAUAUUUCGGAUUUUUGCAGUGAAUUCUUGUUGUUUUGUUAUUUUCGACAUAUUUUUUCGACGUCUGACCAUUUGUUCAAGGAUGUGAAAGUCGUACACGUUAUUCUCGUCCGUGAAAGACAACGAACAACUAUUAAAACCUCCCAAAAUGUGGACAAAAACGAUAUUUCAAGCCAGGCUAUAAACAGCAGUCUAUAAACAUGCAGUGAACUAUAAACAGGUAAACAUUUUAAAAUUCACAUUUUUAUUUUAAUAUUUCAUGAAAAAAUGUUAGGAAUAAAUGGUAAAAUCUACUCUAUUUUUUAGAAAAUAAGCCACAAGUGUUUAUAAUGUGGUUGUAGAUAAACCUUUUUGUAUUUACUGUAUUAACUUUAUGCAAUGUUUCAUCCCUCGCAAUAUCGAGUUGCACAACAGUACAUGUAUGAUGAAACUAUGAUGUUCUGGUGUAUUAAAGAGGAAAUUAAGGUUUUAUAUAUUUAGCCAAGGGUUUUGUUAUGCAUGAGCUUGUGGUGAACUGGUGCAGGAAAAAGCUCAGCUGCCUAGUAGGGCCAGCUGAAGUGAGAAGGCAUGUUUUAUAUCCAGAAUUGUACAUUGUAGUUUUAAUAUGUGCUCUCUGAUUGUAUUGUAUUGUAUUGUAUCAUUUGUAUGAUAGUUUGUUGUAUGUGUCUUUAAAAGGCCAUUAGCUUGUUUGCCCCAUCCCUCAAAUAUUAAGUUAAUUGUGAGUCUCUAGUUUUGCCAUAUUGCAGUAAGCGAGACUUCACUGUGUGGUUAUUUUAAUAUUUUUAUAGUGGAAAUUCCUUUCAAUUUGCAUGGAUAACCUGGCUCAGUUUGAGAUCUCACUUGAACAAGACAAGAUCUCUAAAUGUUAGACAAGAUAGAUCCUCACCUGACUGACUUGGUCAAAAUGAAGUCAAAACAACAAAAUUGGUCAUGAAAAUAGUGUCAAAACAAUAGAGAUGCAGAAUUUUCCAACAAUGCAUGAGUCCAUGCCACUGUUGUCUGUUAAUGAAACUCAGUACCAAGCUGCAACAUGUUUGUUCAAAAUCAUGAUUAAUUUUGUAUUAUUUUAAUUAAACUUGGUCAAAGAAUAAUUAUCAAAUUAAUAAUUAUAACUGUACAAUCAAGUUACAAUAUGUGAUAGAGUAUUAUUAUAACUGUAGCUCCAUGGGUGAUUCUUUGGCUGUCCCCUGUUUUGAUGCCUUGGGCCAUUUCUUGUAGUACAUAUAACAGGGUUUUUUUUCAGGAUUUUCUCUUGGAUACGUUUUUGCAGAGAAGAUUGAGUUUAGCUGAACAGCUGUGGUGGUUGCACCCCCCCCCCCCUACCGGGGGGCUGACACUUGUACUCAACAAAUGUAGUUGAGAUGGAAUGUGUUAAAGCAGGGGCAUUGAGGGACACUAUAAACUGGUUAACGAUGGCGAAUGCAUAGUUUUUCUUGUGUUGUGAGAUGAAUUCCAGCCAUUUUUCUUAAUUGUCGGGUUUCCAACUGAAAACUAAUUUCCACACGUCACAAAUUUAACUCAAACAACUUCAUUUUCACUGCACUGAAACUUUGGUGAGAAGAUUGAGUUUCAAAACUCAAUUCAAGAUUGAGUUUCAAAACUCAAUUCAAGAUUGAGUUUUUGGGGCCGUUUAACGGCCCUAAAAAAUCCCUGAAAAAAAGCCUGAUAUAAGACUUUGGAGAAAAGUCAUUGUUAGUUUUUCCAGUUACGGUAGGUCUGGCAAGUGCCAUCACUACUAUAACACCACUAUUCUUGUUAUUUGAACAUUCCAAAGAACUUGUCCACAUGACUUACAUCCCGGAUCACCCUAAAUGAGAAAUAUCAAUUAUAUUUAUAAAAUAGUGACAGCUAGUAUCAUUAGAACACACUUUGAAGAAAUAGUGAGUCACAUAUACCAGGCUCCAAAGUCCAAUUACAGGGAAAUGUACUGUAGAGUAGACAUUAUUUAUAUGUUAACCCAUUCAGCACGUACCACUGUGCUCUCUUGUUGACAAGUAAAAUUGUUGGUGUUAGACAAAGUAACACAAACAUAUACAGUAGGGUGCAAUGCAACUGAACCCAUUGAGGGGCAGCACUCUCAACUUGACGAGUAAAAUUGUCUGGCAUUGGACGGAGUAAAAUAUUGUAGUGGGGCGCAUUGCCACUUAAAGGAUUAAAAAUGGGUUCAUUACGGAUGAAAUAAAUUGAUCCAAGCAUUUUUCACAAAUGAGUUCUGGCAUUUAUAAGCCCAGCUAGCUUGCAACCAACUUUAAAGCAUGCAACCAACUUUAAAGCAUACAGCAGUUAAUUGCACCCAAGCUUAUUAUUUUACUCAGGCAGUCUAAUGUCUAAUGCCCAAAGUUUCAUUUUACAUUUAAUUACAAUAUAUCACAAAUGAUCUAAGUGAGAAGAUUCACAACAAUCACAAAUAAUAUAUCUAACUGAAAUUUGAGCUCUACUCCAAUACUGGGGACACCACCACUGAAACCUGAAACUGCUCUCAAACAUAUCAUCAAUCAAUUUAGGUUAAUUGUCAGAGCAUAAGGUUGGCCGGUCAAUGCCAAGGUGACUGGCACACAUAUUGUGCACCUUUCAUUCCUAUAUUACCUCUGAUGACUGUGGGAUUUAUAGAACUCUGACAAACUAUAUGUUGGGCGGGAUAUUGUAAACCGGCCUCUGAAUGUAAGCCAGCUAGCCCUGGGCUUGUAUUCUAAUAUGUAUGGCUAAAGCUGCAUUAAUAAAUAUACCUGGAGCCAAUUGUAUCAAGCCUGUUUAGCUGAAACGUUGGUUAAGCUCAAAAUAGAAAGCAACUCAGACUCUAUAGAUUCAUUCAACAACCAAACUAGAAGUUUUGAACCUUAAUAGAAUGAUGUUUACAACUACAUAUUCAGUGCAGAAUAUUUAAGUUGACUGAUUCAUGAGAAAUUAAGCUAAACGGGCUUGAUACAACCGGCCCCUGUCAAAUAAUAUAAGCCCAUGGGCUUGUACACACAGGCCUGGCUUACAUUAGAGGGGGGAGGGGCUUAUAUUCGGAAUAGCCUGAGUAAAUAUGAUGGGAUUAUACACAGGGGGGCUUAUAUUGGGGGGAGGGGGGGGGGCUUAUAUGUUUAUGGUAAUUGCUUGAUUGCAAUGGGUAUUGAAUGGUUUGAACCUGAUGUCUUUGGCCUAGCCGCCUAGCUAGCAAAGUAUUUGUUCACUUGUCUACAUGUCAUGUAAGUGAGAUUUCAUAUAACUACACAGUAAUUAUAAACAACUGCUGGCAAGAACCUGGCAAGGAUAUCACUCAAAGUUUGUCAAGGAAAAUUUAAUAUACUAAAAUACUAAAUAAAUACAAGUGUGCAGACACUACAGCAAGGACUUUGAAAUCAUAUUAACCAGUCAUGAAACCCUACGCAAAUAUCGCUAUAGCAGUAGUAGUACCAAAUCAAAAGAACAAUAAAAUGUACAGAAUUGCCAACCAUUUACAGGUUGUUAUGUCUGCUAAUAAUUUGCUGUUCAUAUACUUUUAUGUUCGUAGUAUUAUAAACUUUGUAGUUUGUACUUCUGCUUCAAAUUUUUUACAAUAUAUAAAAAUCUUACCGGUGAAUAAAAAGAUUCUUCUUGUACAUCUUUUCAGUGCGAUUUUUACCUCAAAAACAAGCGAAAUCAUAAAAUAUCCAUUAUAUCUGUGCUGAAACCAGGGGGGUGAAGUACAUUGUCGAAAACUUAGGAUCGCGGUUGGGACAGUGGUAGUUGCCAUGAAUUUAGGGACCAGUAGUCAUGGCAAUGGCGUCAGAUCCGCCUUGUUUUUGGCUUCACUUGAAUGACUGGCGGAAAGAUAGGAGCACCUCCUCCAGUAAUAUUAUCCAUGACUACUGGUUCUUAUUUCUCAUGGUAAUUACCACUGACCAACCGCGAUCCUACGCUUUAAACAAUAUCUUUCACCCCCCUGGUUUUUUUCACAAAUAUGAAAUAUUUUGGUUUAGUUUGUCUUUGAACUGAAAAUCUUGAUAUUUUUCAUCAAUUUUGUCUGUUUUACAAAGUCAAGGAAGACGGUGCAUUUUUGCUGUGCCUGUUAUGGCUCUAAAAGGAGAAUAUUACCGGUAAGAUUCACGAUUUUUUUACUUUCUCGCUUGGCAACGUUGCCAUAUAUUUUUAACACUCGUGGAUAUCUCAAAACCUGUCUGAUGCUAUAUUAAAACUGUGAGUAUUACUAGUUACAGCAGUUUUUUCAUUUCUACAUUGACAUUGUAGUUUUAAGCAAGUUUUCCUGGACAAACUCUUUCCUGUCUUGUUUUAUUAAACAUUUAAACUCAUUUCUUGGGUUUCAUGGUGCUUCGGUUUGUGUUUUGUUUUUAAAAUUGUUUAUUGAUUUAGGUUUUUAAGUGCUAGUUUUGCCAGGUUUUUGAAAUAGCAGCUAUCUACUGUGUAGCUUUGUAUUUUAUACAGGACAUGUAGGGUGUGAGUGCACAGCCAACCUUUCCAGCACUCUCCAAAAGUUCAGCAUCAAGCAGUUUAUAUUAUUUAACCCAUUGAGGGCCAGAACAUUUAACUAUAGACACAUGAGCAGAUAGCCUGAUUAAUCCAUUGAGGGCCAGCACUCACCCCUUGAUGAGUAAAAUAACCUGGCAUUUGACAGAGUGAAAUAAUAAAGUAGGGUGCAUCAGGACACAAUGCGACUUACUGGGUUAAACAUGAGUUUUAUGAUUUGUAGCACUACCCACAUUGUAUUAUUAACCCUUUAAGUGGCAAUGUGCCCAGAUGCACCCUACAUUAUUAUUUUACUCUGUCUAAUGCUGGACAAUUUUACUCGUCAUAGGGUAGGUGCUGCCCUCAACAUAUUUAGGUUAAUUCCAAUCUUCGAUUUAGCUGGAAUGACCCAAUACAUGCCAUUUGCUACUGUAAAAUUGUAAAUAUGCCGGAUUUCUCUUAUCUAGGCGCUGAUACUGAAAUGUGAAAAAGAAAGCCACCCAAGGUCUUAAAUGUUCAAAUAGCAAGAGUGGUGUUGUAGACAUCAGACAUGUAGUGGUGCACCAUAUGUUAAAAUUAAAUAUUGUCCAACUUACAAAAGUAAGGGCCCUGGCCAGCAUUCCUGCCCUGAACUGGAAAGAUAACUUCAUUUUAUCAUUGCUAUCAGACUGUGAUAAACAUAGAAUCAUGUUAUUGUCAGUGGUGUUUUUAAAUACAAUAUGAAUGCUUACAGUUAUAAUUAUAACUUGUAUGGUUGUAUAUAUAGUUUGUAAAACUUUUUCUUGCUGAUUUAUAAUUCUUUUUUUAAGAAGGUAUAAACAAAAUAGUGAAAACCCCUGGGGGUAAUGUAGGGUAAAGGAGGGAGGGUAUCUAUUUAUCUGUGAAUUAAUGAUAAUUUAUUUCAAGCACACAGGGCUGGAUUGACUGGGGGUCUAACAUCCCCAGGUCCAAUCUUUUGAAAUGUGUCCCCCAAUUUUUGGAGGGCCACUGGUUUGUCAGUUUUUACUGUUAUGUGUUUACCCUCCAUAAAUAAAGAAGUUGAUAUAAAUAAUAAUAAAAUGCCCAAAUGCUGGAAUUGCCAAACAUGUGAAUUUUUUGGGAAUGUUGUGCAAAAUUGAGGCCAAUUCUAUAAAGGAUAUGCUGAAAAAAUUUUUAAUUAACCUUUUUUGCAAACAACAGUUUGGGAAAAGAAACAAUUGCCCCCUCGCCAAAAUUUUGCGAAUAAUUUUGGGGACCCAAAAGGCGAAGGGGCCCAAAGUUCUGUAUUCACCCUCCCAAAGAUGUGUCAGUUGGCAUGGCCCUGCAAGCACAAUACAAUUGUGAUUUGUGUGAGCCAGAAAAGAAAUAAAUCUCACCAAAACAUGUCUUUUUGUGUGAUAAAUGAUGUCUUAAUUAUAAAGAAUGUUUAAUAGAGAGGGGGCUCAACAAUUUUUUCAUCUAAAUUGGGGGGGUGGGGUAUUAGAGUGGGGGGGGGGUGAGGUUUAACAGGGAGAUUACAGUAGCAAACUCAAAGCUUUAUUGCAGGUUUUGAUGUAUGAUGCAACUACCUGGAUUUAAGUAAGUCUUUGUUCAAAAUGUACAAAUUGAUUCUCAUUUUUUCAAAUGGCUAUGUGCAUUGUACACUCAAGCCUGCAAAUUUUAUAUGGGAGCAUCUGAUAUGGGAGUAUCUCAGUUGCUGAGACAAGAACUAACAUGUUUAAUUCAAGUUUGGAUCAGAGUUCAGUUGACCAGUAACUGAACAAAAAUUUCAGCCAGAGCUGGAAGUGAUUUUAUUUGACAAUUUAUAGCCAUAUUUACAGCCAUUCCUAUAUAAUACAAUUUAUAUAUAGUACAAUUUAUAAUCUGCCUGGCAUAUAUUUUCCAGGUUUUAAUUAACCUAUUAAAACUGAGAUCCAGUGGUGAGUGGACCCCUACAAACUAUCUUAUUCACUAUCAACUGCACACUGGCACACAAUAAUCAAGAACGGAAAUUAUCAAGCCAACACACCAUUGCCCAGAAACCUAGGUAAAAAUUGUGUUACCAGGUCAAGUGCCCACAGCACCAUGUCGGCUUCUCCUGGCACCCUUUCAGCACCCUCAUGCCACUUUCAACUUAUCGCCAAAAUCAACUCACAAGUUCACUGUGAAUGAUUCCAUGCUUCCAUGUAAAGUGGGGGAGAAUGACGAUUGGUUGAAAAUACUAGCAAAGGUUAUGUUGCUCUUGCAAUGAAUGGAAAAGAGGCCUCAGCUUUAUAUGACAUGUCAGAUGUUAAAGUUUCUUGACAAAACACUGAUUUCUUUAACACCCUACAUCCCUCUUUUAAAGAUAGUAGCACAUAGUAGUUUCAUGCAUGUCUUCACACCUGUAAAUAAAAGUUUAUACUCAGCAAAUCUGCCAGAUAAAUAAAAGUUUAUACUCAGUUUAUACUCUUCCUUUGAUACAAAUAAAAGUUUAUACUCAGCAAAUCUGAAUAGUAUGAAAUUCAAAGCAUGUUAAAUUUGAACCCAUUGCGUUUGUCGGAUUGUGGGAGGAAGUGUAGUGAAAUAUCUCUACAUUUGUACGACAAGACUUAUAUAAUCGUGGCUAAAAUAUUCACUAUAUUGUACAAAGCUUCUCAUGCUAAAAAAUAAAUGCAUAUUAUAUUGUUUUUCAAUAGUAUUUUUACCUGGCUGUACAGUCUGCGCCUCUUGCUUCAAAUAUCGUCUUUGCCAACAUUUUGCAAGGCGUUUGUUGUCUUUCCCGGACGUUUACGACUUGUACUUCUUUGAAUAGAUGGUCGCAGGUCAAAAAAUAUCAAAAACAACGAGAAUUCACUGCAAAAACUCGAAAAACCUAUGAAUAUUUUGGAAAAAACCAGGGGGGUGUGAAAACUGUAGUGGGCUCAGAAAUGAGCCUGGUCAGUGGUAUUUUCAUGGCCAAAAGGAACCAGUUGCCAUGGAAAUGGCGUGAAAAUCCGCCAUGUUUUUGGCUUCACUUUUUUAUCCCGAGCACGUCCUCCAGUAAUAUAGUAUAGCUCAGUGGCGCUUGCCUUGCAGGCUUUCCAACCCGCAAUGUCAUAAUGAGGGACUGUGGAAGAGUCAGGUGUCAAAACGUAACAUUUUGAAACCAACACAUUUUGAAACAAGUUAUGAUACACAUUUCUCAUAUUAACCUUGGGUAUAUUCGUUCCUUUGCAUUUGGUGGAAACUACCCUGGAAUUAUAACGUCCAGUAUUUACUAUUUUUACGCUUUAUUCUUGUGAAAUAUGCAUUCUUAUUGUAUGACAUAAUGACAUUCCUUUUCUAGUGGACCAAAUCGGGGACAUUACAUAAGCAUUGUAAAAAGUCACGAUUUUUGGCUUUUAUUUGAUGAUGAUUUAGUUGAGGUAAGUAAAUUGAGCCGAAUCGUAGGAUGUUAUAAGUUCAUGAAAGAAAAGUUCCUAGCUUAGUCGAACAAUAUUGGGCAACAGUCCUGAAAUUAUUUCACUUGGUUUGGACUGAACACAUUCUAUAUGGCAGAACACAAAUAUCGAAGUGGUGAUCGAUACAAAGUACAGUACGUUUCAAAGUUAAUGCAAAAUAACACAGUUGUUUAGCGAAGGUAAAGUGUAUUAUUGAAGCUCCAUGCACAAUAUCAAGUAAGAAAUAUUACUUGUGAAUAUCCUUCAUUAAAUGCCUACUGUAUGCAAUUUGUGUUACUAUAGAAAAUUGAACCGCAGACGUUUGAAGAAUUCUAUGGUCUCACAAUUGGUGGUCACAAGUCGAGUGAUUCUGGUUAUAUCCUUUUCUACGAGUCCAAAACCUAGCUGACUACCUGUCUUCAAAUAUACGAUUGCAAUUUUCUCAUUUGUGGGAGCUAUUUUUAUUAGGUCAGCAUGUUCAGAUGCACAUACAUGGGAAAUAUAUUUGAUGAAUUAAUCCAGGUUUUUGCUAAUUUAGAUUUAAUGAUAUACCUCUUUUUCUGGUUACGACCUUUUUUGCACUGUUUUAGCCCUAUCCGAAAAGGCACCACUUUUAUAUACAAUACAUAUUGAAGUCAAAAGCUACUGUCUAUCCAGAAUGUAAUGAUACUUAUUUGAGUGAUAUAGCUGUUCCAGUUUAUGCGUGAUAACUGAUGCAAGGCGGGACAUGCGGUAUACACUGAAUAUUUUCAGAGCCGCUAAGAGGUUGCGCGGGGCCCAGGGAUAAGUUUUCUCAAGGGGUCUUGGGACGUAAAUGAUGGGCGGAGGAUGAUGUGAAAAAAUGUUUCCAAUCUUCAAUUUUUCCAUUAUGAUCUGGGGUGCCCGGAGAAAAGUGCCCCCUUGCCCCUCCCCCCCCCCCUCUUGGCGGCUCUGUAUAUUAGUAGCUGCUGAACUCAAUUGAACCAAAUCAUAUACAAUGUUACUGAAAGGGCACGCAACUUCAAACAUUUAACAAUUUUUUUUUUUUCACUAACAUCGACCUGAUUGCAACAUGCCGAACUGAAAUAUCGGGGUACAUAGGUUCCGUAACUGCAGAUUAUAUGCAUUGCAAUCAAAUUGAGGAAACGCAGGAUCGUCAUUAGUGAUUUUGGGCCAAUAGAAUAUUGUUGUAAAUACUGAAAAUCGUAGAUUUUCUUUUUAACUACUGUAUUAUUUAUCAUCUGAUAUUUGGAUACACAGGAAAGAUGUUAUCCAUAGAAAAAUCAUAGUAGAACAUUGGCAAUGGAUUUUAGGCUGAUCUAGUUAGAAAGAACUUUAAACUAUAUAGUAAAGCUUGGGUACAGUAAAGCUUGUGUACUUUACAUUUUUUCGAUAUUUGUCCUCGUUUUUGAGAUUAUUUCUGUUUGUUUCAAUAGAGAUAAUAGGGAGUUUACGCAUGUGAGACGGCAACGUCAGGACGACGGCUAUCAAUACAAUGUCAUUAAUCCUAUAGCACAAAAUAAAUGAAUAAUUAAAAGUAUAUCUGGAGUUUCAGACGUCGUUCAUGCUCUGUUGACGACGGCAAAAUGCAUAUUUUCACGUCUUGUAAAGUACGCUAGCAUUUCAAGCCGUGUCAGGCAAUUUUUCUAACAGCGUUGAUCAAAAUUGCUCUGAAAGUUAAAGCUCUGUUUU